UGUGUGGAUGCAUGUGCUGUACAUUAUAACAGCGUAAAAGAUCAUUUCUCUGUUUGUACAGAUUUCAGAAGUCAGACAAGCUGGGAGACUGGCGUGGCCUCCAUAAUGCAAAACAGUCACAGUGGGGUAAACCAACUGGGAGGUGUAUUUGUGAAUGGGAGACCCUUACCUGAUUCUACCAGGCAGAAGAUAGUGGAGCUGGCACACAGUGGAGCUCGACCCUGUGACAUAUCCAGAAUACUACAGGUGUCUAAUGGCUGUGUGAGUAAGAUAUUGGGCAGGUACUAUGAGACAGGCUCAAUCCGUCCUCGGGCAAUAGGAGGGAGUAAACCCAGGGUGGCCACUCCGGAGGUGGUUGGAAAGAUUGCUCAAUACAAGAGAGAGUGUCCAUCCAUUUUUGCUUGGGAGAUCAGAGACCGACUGCUGGCAGAGGGAGUCUGCACCAACGACAAUAUACCCAGUGUUUCAUCAAUCAAUCGAGUGCUCAGGAACCUGGCCAGUGACAAACAGCAAAUGGGCACAGUGGGAGCUGAAGGGAUGUUUGACAAGCUCAAGAUGUUAAAUGGACAAACCACCUGGGGAGGACGCUCAGGGUGGUACACUGGGACGACACUCACUGCCAACGAGUGUGCACAGGUGGAUGGAGGGGAGAACACCAUAUCAGUUAGUUCCAACGGUGAAGACUCAGAGGAGACUCAGAUGAGGCUUCAGUUGAAGAGGAAACUGCAGAGAAACAGAACAUCUUUUACACAGGAUCAGAUAGAAGCACUAGAGAAAGAAUUUGAAAGGACUCAUUAUCCAGAUGUGUUUGCCAGAGAACGCCUUGCCAACAAAAUUGACCUUCCAGAGGCAAGAAUACAGGUUUGGUUUUCCAACAGACGAGCCAAAUGGAGAAGAGAGGAAAAGUUGAGAAACCAACGUCGUCAGUUGUCUAAUUCCUCCAACCAUAUUCCCAUCAGCAGCAGCUUCAACGCCAGUGUUUACCAGCCACUACCACAACCUACUACACCAGUGUCCUUCUCAUCAGGAUCCAUGUUGGGAAGGACAGAUCCAGUUCUGUCUAACAGCUACAGCCUACCAGCCAUGCCCAACUUCAGUAUGGCAGCCAGCCUGCCUAUGCAAGCUUCCAGCCAGACCUCUUAUUCCUGCAUGCUACCCACCAGUCCCACUGUAAAUGGAAGAACUUAUGAGACUUAUACUCCUCCACACAUGCAGCCACACAUCAACAGCCAGUCAAUGACAUCCUCUGCAACGUCAUCAACAGGCUUGAUUUCCCCUGGUGUCUCAGUGCCAGUCCAAGUUCCAGGAAGUGAGGCGGACAUGUCGCAGUACUGGCCACGUCUGCAGUGAAUUCAUUCGAUGUUCUUGCCUGCAGUGACCUUGGCAGGACUGUAUGGGACAUCAAACUUUGACCUAUCCCUAAUUUACAGCUUGAAUGUCAAAAAGAACCUGUCAUUGAGUGAAACAGACUGACUCUCAUUAGUGAUUGUGAUAUAACAUUCAAAACAAAUUCUGGAGAUGAGCAGGACACAGCAUUACUCAAGGAUUUUAAUAUUACUGUAAGCAGUGCAAGUUCUGUUACAACUGGAUCAAAGGUCUUGGGGAGGUCCCUCUCCACAUCAUUUCCAUCGGCUACCAUUCAAAGUCUGGACUAAGGAGACUGUGGCGCUUGCCCAGAAUGAAAAGCUCAAGCCUGAGCUGUACUCAGGAAGCUCAGGAAGGUGGGCUGCCCUUUGCUAACAAUAAACUCCAGACAGGAAUAAACUGUUCAGUGUCCAUCUGGACAUUCUGUGGGAAGACAUAUUACCUCUGCUUUCAGUUCCUAAUUUAUAUCAUGUUGGUGUAUUUGUAACAAAGAUUUUGGCUGAAAUGUAAAGGAAAGAACUGAAACUGAAAUUUGAACUGUUUGCUGGGAAUUUGUGUCAUCAGCAAACUGCAAAAGACCCAGCCUGGAAUGUGUAUAGAGCUUCAGAAUGUGGAUUCUGGUAAAAAUGUGUUUGGUAUAGUAAAAACCUUGACCUGGAUGUUAUCUGCUGGCAUGGACUCUGAUUUUGAACUGAAAAACUGUGUAUGUUGUCCAGAAAUUCAACAGUGAAAUAACUAUUGACUGGAGGCUGAACAAACAUUUUGCUAGCUUAUAAAAAGUAAAUAUUAGAUUGUGUCUGGGAUGUAAACCUGUCUCCAAUUUCUAAGUGUAAAGUAUUUGUCCUCUCCACUGAUCUGGGAGGGUUUCCAUAAUAAAAUUAUUUCUGUUAUAUUCCCUGUUGCUGUUCCUGGUGCACCUGAACCUAAACUUGACCUCUCAUGUACACCUCCACGAGAAAGCCCUGAACUGAAGUAAAACCUAGUCUUCAUGCCGCCAGCAGAGCCGCACACACUUGGAGAAUCUAAAAAGAAGCAGUGAAGCGGCUCUGGAGACCUGCUGG